UUUUUCAACCGCAUAAAAUGCAUUGCUCGCCAAGACAAUGGCCAGUCAAAGCUUCUCCUCACUUUCUUUCAAGUUACGCUUGUUCUCUCCGUAUUAGGCUUAGCUAACGCAUACAGCCUAAAACUUGAUUAUUACAAAAAAUCAUGCCCCUCUGCCAAGCACAUAGCCAAAGCCAUAACCAAAAACUAUAUUUCCCGGGCACCAAGUCUAGCAGCUGCAUUGUUAAGAUUGCAGUUCCACGAUUGCUUUGUUCGGUUUUUCAUCUACCAACAAAGGAUGCGAUGGUCCGUUCUACUGAACUCCACCCAACACAACAUAGCUGAGAGAGAUGCAAGUCCCAACCUUAGCGUUAGAGGAUUUCAAGUUAUUGAUUCUGUGAAAGAAGCAUUAGAAAAAAAAUGUCCCGGUGUAGUUUCCUGUGCUGACAUCCUAGCCCUAGUAGCUCGUGAAGCCGUUUCGCUGAUUGGUGGACCCUAUUGGCCAGUCCCCUUGGGACGCAGAGAUGGGAGAGUGUCAAUUGCUUCAGAGGCCUUUACUAAUUUGCCUUCUCCUUCUUUCAACAUAACACAACUAAAAGCAUCAUUUGCCUCCAAGGGCUUAAGUGAUAAAGACCUUGUAGUUCUAUCGGGAGGACACACUAUAGGAAUUGCUCAUUGCCCAACCUUCUCAGACCGCUUGUACAAUUUCAGUGGGCAAGGUGGUACUGAUCCAACGAUGGACCAAAACUACAUUGUUGCGUUGAAGAAAAAAUGCCAGCCAGGGGACAGCACUACACUUGUAGAGAUGGAUCCUGGAAGCUACAAAACAUUUGACGCACAUUACUACACUCUUGUUAGCAAAAGAAGAGGUCUAUUUCAAUCCGAUGCGGCUCUUCUCACAGACAGCGCCACCAAUGCUUACGUGCACCUCCAGGCAACCACAGACGGUUGUACUUUCAUGGAGGAUUUUGCAGAGUCCAUGGUGAAAAUGGGUCAAAUCGGCGUGCUUACCGGCUCUUCCGGUGAAAUCCGAAAGCAAUGUUCCACCAUCAACUAA